GGCGUCUCCGGCGGCCUAUCAGGACGAGGUAGCGCGACGGGGCUCGAGCUCGGCGGUGCGGGUGAGCCAGAGCGCGCCGGGCGGCGAGGGCGGCGGGAUGGGCUCCGAGGGCUGGGCGGCGGCGGGGGGCUCGGUGACCGCCACCGCCGCCCUGCUGCUGCUCCUCUCGGCGCUGUCGCUGCUGCUGCUGGUGGUGAGGCAGCUGCUGAAGCAGAGGCGGCCGGCGGGCUUCCCUCCGGGCCCCGCGGGGCUGCCCCUCGUGGGCAACAUCCACUCCCUGGCCGCCGAGCAGCCCCACGUCUACAUGAGGAGGCAGAGCCAGCUCCACGGACAGAUCUUUAGUCUUGAUCUGGGAGGUAUCUCCGCUAUUGUACUGAAUGGAUAUGACACAAUUAAAGAAUGCCUUGUUCAACAAAGUGAGGUUUUUGCAGACAGGCCAUCUCUUCCUUUGUUCAAGAAGCUGACAAAAAUGGGAGGUUUAUUGAAUUCAAGAUAUGGACGAGGUUGGACAGAGCACCGCAAAUUAGCUGUAACCAGCUUUCGGACUUUUGGAUAUGGUCAGAAGGCCUUUGAGAGCAAGAUAUCAGAAGAAUCAGUGAUUUUCCUUGAAGCCAUUGAUACCUAUAAAGGGAAACCCUUUGAUAUGAAAUACCUGAUAACAAAUGCAGUCUCAAAUAUUUCUAACUUAAUUAUUUUUGGAGAGCGGUUUACAUACGAAGACACUGAAUUUCAGCACAUGAUUGAUAUAUUUAGUGAAAACAUUGAAUUGGCAGCUAGUGCUUCUGCAUUUCUGUAUAAUGCUUUUCCAUGGAUUGGCGUCCUGCCUUUUGGAAAACAUCAGCAACUGUUUAAAAAUGCAGCUGAAGUCUAUACCUUUCUGCUCCACCUUAUUCAGCGCUUCUCACAGAACAGGACACCUCAGUCACCUCGCCAUUUCAUAGAUGCCUAUUUAGAUGAAGUGGCUAAAAAUAAAAAUGACCCAGAGUCUACAUUUUCCAUGGAAAACUUAAUUUUCUCUGUUGGAGAACUUAUGAUUGCUGGAACAGAAACCACAACAAAUGUUCUAAGGUGGGCAGUGUUGUUCAUGGCUCUUUAUCCUAAUAUUCAAGGGCAAGUUCAUAAAGAAAUUGAUACGGUCAUUGGGCCAAACAGAACACCCAGCCUGGAAGAGAAAUGUAAAAUGCCAUAUACAGAGGCUGUGCUGCAUGAAAUUUUAAGAUUCUGUAAUGUGGCCCCCCUAGGUAUUUUCCAUGCCACAUCCAAGGACACAGUUGUGCGUGGUUAUUCUAUCCCUCAAGGCACCACAGUCAUUACAAACCUCUAUUCUGUACAUUUUGAUGAAAAGUACUGGAAUAAUCCAGAAAUGUUUUGCCCUGAGAGGUUUUUGGACAGCUCUGGACAGUUCAUCAAGAAGGAAGCAUUUGUUCCAUUUUCACUAGGACGAAGACACUGUUUAGGAGAACAGCUGGCCAGAAUGGAAAUGUUUUUAUUUUUUACUUCAUUACUUCAGCGAUUUCAUCUGCAUUUUCCUAGUGGUUUGAUCCCAGACCUUAAGCCAAAGUUAGGCAUGACAUUGCAACCUCAUCCAUACCUUAUCUGUGCAGAGAGACGGUUAUGAACAUGAAUGACAUAGUAACAAUUCAAGAUAUAAGGUUCUAAUAGCCUGUGGCAUAACAAACUGGUGAGAUGAGUUUAUACUUACAUGACCAACCAAAUUAAAUUCUGUCCAGAUAUUUUUAAAAAGCAACAUGCAUUUUAUAGUAUCAAAUUGCUGAGCUUCACAAAGGGAAGGCAGGAGUUGAUUUCUAAGGGCAGGAAAUAGAGAAUGGACAACUAGGAUGCUCCACGCUACUCAUGCAUUUUAAUAGUAUUAUAUUUUAUCUGUCUGUUUUAACCAUGUCGUAUCCUGCCUUGAGCCGUUAGGAGAGGUGGGUAACAAAAGUUGUUGUUGCUGUUGUUAUUUAAUGCCAUGAUUAGUAGAUGGCAGUCCUAGCAAGAAAUGUAUGCACUUCUGAAGCACAGUCCACUAGGACUUGAACAUGGUUAUUAGCCUCAUAGCUGCUGCAUUAUCCAAAAUAGCUUCUCUUUUGGUACUUCUCAAAGUGGCUACUCUCUCAGUCAUCUCUAAUCUGGAUAGCUUCCUUUUCAUUUUGUUUACAAACUAAAAAUAAAUGCACUGUUCUAUAUGAACCCACUGUAGCUCUCACCAUUGGACUCUUACUUGGGCCAAGUUAGUGGGUGUCCUAUGUGUUGGUACACAACUAUGUCUCUAACUAGCUUGUUUUCUUUUAAAUUAGCACUCUUGUUGAAAAUGCAGAUGUAGUCAUUUCUGUGUAUGAUUGGCAGUGCACAUCUUGAUAUCUUCAGAAAUUGGAAUACCACAAUGGCAUACUUAAAAUGAAAUAACACUGACAAUCUGAACCUUCUUACUACAGAAUGCCCUUUAUACAAAAUGCUUGGAGCCAUACAUUUUUUGAUUUUGCAUUUUUUUGGAUUUUGGAAUACCUGCAUUUGCAUAUACAUAGCGGGUGGGGAUUAAAGGACAGGAUUUAGUGUUUGUAUUGUCCUGCACUAGACUUGGCCAGUGGAGUUGCUCUGUGGUCCCACCCUGCCGUGUACCACUGUAAGUGAGCACUAUACAUGUGACUAGCCCUUUCCCCAAUGGUGGAAAUGGGUAGUUAGCAGAAAAACAUUUCGUAUCUUGGACCAUGUCAGAUUUCUGGAUAAGAAAGGCUCAACCUGUAGAAAUAUUUGUUCAGAAGCAAAGGUAACGUUUUCUUUAGCAAUAAGAAUGACACAAUAGAUUUCUAUACAAUAAUAUUGUGUAAAACAUUUGGACCUGUGUUUGUUGCUUCAUUCAUGAAGCUGCAUCACUUUGUUUUCAUGCCUUUUUCUUUCAUAUGCAAUUUUUUGUUUUCUAUUGAUUAAAUGCAAAUAAUGUAAUGUGCCUAUAUCUGUUGCAUUAUUACCAGCACUAGACAAAAUGUAUGGCAGUGAAGUCCAAAGUUUGACAAUGACCUAUGUGAAGUCCUUUUUCUGACCCGAAUCUCUCACUAUUCAGAUUCAUUGGAUGUCCUGAGCUCUAGCAUUAGGGGGAGGGGAAAAGGCUGUCCAGUUUCAUCAGUUGUAUUUUUUCUCCCCAUCCCAGUCUAAGCGAAAAAGCCCCAAACAUUAAAAAAUAGCAAGUGUUUUCCAAGGGGUGACUGACUUGGACUCUUUCCUGUUGUCUUAUUAUUUUGGAAGGUUUUUGACAAUAGAAUUCUUUUUGUAAAGAAGAACAUUUCAACUUUGUGGCUGCUGUAUUUUAUUUAUCAUUAUUGAAAUAAUAGUGAUAGCCACAAGUGGCGCAAUCUUAUGGUAGUGUACAGACACAAAGUGAUUUAAAAUACUUAGUACUGGGAAAAGAAGUCUUCCCUAGAUCUGUCCAUGGCAACACAUUCUUUGAUUACAUAACUGACUUUGGGAACUGUAUAGAAACUUCACAGGUCUAAAAUGCUGUGACUAGACAAGCUGACUGGCGCUGGUUUUGGGGAACAUAUCACUCCCUUAUUGAAACAGCUUAACUGCCUACUGGUUAGCUUCUGGGCAGAAUGUUGAAACCUAUAAAGCCCUAUACAGAUCAGGUCCAGACUAUCAGAAAGCUUCUGGAUUCCCAUAUAAACCUAUACUUGUGAGAGGGCUUUCUUUCUAUCCCACCUCUCCCAGACUUGCUUGGUGAGGACAUGAGAGAGAGCCUCCUCAGUGGCUGUCUCUAUGCUAUGGAAUGUCUUCUCAUGGGAAGCUUGAUUUACUCAUCUGUUGUCUGCACUAGCAUGCAAAGACCUGGUUUAAACAGGCCAUCAGCCUUAACUGAUCUGGAUUGAGGGACAUGCAAUUAGCUGUGCUUUUUUGAAUAUGUAAUGUGUAUUUCAUGUUUUAAACUGUGUUUUCCAUUAAUGUUGUAAAUGUAGUGUUCAACUGAUGUGUUCAUACUUUUAAAAACCUUUAUACUGCUA